AUGUCACCACUGUUGACCCGCUGGCUUGUGCUAGCCGCACUGGCCUUGGUUGCCAGCGCUCAAUAUCCCCCCAUCUUUGGCCAGACGUACUACGUUUUCUCCACCGUUGAAGACCAGACCGGAAAUAUCGGCACGGUUGUGGCAACCGACCGCGACGGUGAUGCCAUCCAAUACAGUUUUUCCGGCUCCAGCGUUCAAAGCACCACCUCCACUCUGGCAGGGCAACUGGUCAUCGACACUAGCACGGGCACCAUCAGCACGCCGACUGGCCUCUCCGAGAGCGGUCUCACGACCGUCUAUGCCCUCUCAGGCUCCCCCCGCUCCUCGGCUCAGUGUAGCGUCGUUCUUCAGGUGGCGGACAUUAACAACAACCCUCCCACCUUUGACAAGAGCCAGUACAAUGUUUCCAUUCCCGAGAAUACGGCCUCCAGUAAUUUGGUCCAGGUCAUUGUCACCGACGCUGAUACAACCUAUGCGAAUCAAGACUACACCCUGUUCUUCAUUGAAGGCAACCAGGGGGGUGAAUUUCUCGUCAGCACGUCCGGCAUUGUCUCUCUCAACUACACCCUCGACUAUGAAAGACAGACAGCCUACCGCCUGCUGCUGGUGGCCGAGAACGUGGCUGCGCCCCCCCUCAACGACACGGCCUGGAUCAACGUGCUGGUGACGGAUCUUAACGAUAACGCCCCGAUUCUGAAUCCAACCUUGUACAAUGUCAGCGUUAGUGAAGCCACCCCUGCCAAUUCGAUCGUGGCCACGGUGGUGGCAACAGACGCUGAUCGACACGACACCGUGAGCUACAGCAUCGUUGACACAAAUAUUCCUUUUAGUAUUGGCAGUAGCUCGGGCCAGCUGAGACUGGCCACGGCGCUUGACUAUGAGACUCUGCAAAUGUACAACUUUUCAGUUCGUGUGACAGACUCAGGUACCCCCAGUCGCACCGCCACGGGCACUGUUUUAAUCCACGUUCAGGAUGUCAAUGACAACGCCCCGCGCUUUGGCCAGCCCGCCGGCUACGCCAUUUCUGUCCCGGAGAGCUUCAACGUGCAGCAACAACUCUUGCUCGUUUCUGCCACUGAUGCUGACCUACCCUCAACGCUCAACGGUCAAGUUCGGUAUGCCAUCAACGAAACCUCAGACUUUAUCAUUGAUGCCCUUUCCGGCGCCAUCCAUGCCGCCGCAGCCUUUGACUACGAAGCGCAGCAGUCGUACACCUUUGGCGUGUAUGCGCAUGACCUUGGUUCGCCCCAACGCACGACCCGGGUCUCAGUGGCCAUUACCGUGACCGACGUGAACGAUAACACCCCUCAAUUUCAGGCCCCAAACUAUGCAGUCAGUGUCUCAGAGUGGACAGCGAGCGGUGCCGCCAUUGUCAAUCUGUCCGCAACAGACGCAGACCUGCAUGACACGGUACUCUUUUCACUUCGCACCACCUCCGUGCCCUUUGGUGUUGACCAAAACACGGGCCAGCUUUCCGUCGCCGGCACCCUCGACUAUGAGACAAGGCAAUCCUACAACCUCACCGUGCGCGUCUCCGAUACGGGCUCGCCUUCUCGUCACGCUGAUACCUGGGUCCUGGUGACCAUCCUCGAUGAGAAUGACCAUGCCCCUAUUUUCGGCGCCCUAAAUGGCUACACCGUUGCCGUUGCGGAAGAUGUGAACGUUGCCAACCCCUUGCUAACGCUCUCCGCCACGGAUGGCGACCUCCCUACCACUGCCAACGGCCAAAUUCGCUACAGUCUGAACGGCACGGCGUCCUUUGCCAUCAACGCCACCACCGGGGUGAUCCACGCGCUCGCUCCCCUCGACUACGAGCAAACGCAAAAGUAUGUCUUCACUGCCACAGCUGCUGAUCUGGGCACUCCACCGCGCUUUGCCACCACCACCGUCACGAUCAAUGUGCAAAAUGUCAAUGACAACGUUCCCGUCUUUGGAGCUGCCUCGUAUGCCGUCAACGUCUCCGAGUCCACUCUUAAGAACACGGUCAUCCUUCUCGUCUCGGCCACUGAUGCUGACAUUCUGGACUCUGUCCGCUUCAGCAUUCAGACCGCAUCAGUACCCUUUGCUGUUGGUCAAACAUCCGGAGAGCUUUCCCUGGCUGGCACCUUGGACUACGAGCUGCGCACAAGCUACAACAUCACACUCCGCGUUACCGACACAGGGUCGCCCCCGCUGUACUCUGAGGUGCAGGUGCUGAUUUCCGUUUUGGAUGAGAAUGACAACGCGCCGCGGUUUGGGGCAGAAUCUUAUCAAACAUCCGUGCUCGAGUCGGUCAAUGUGACGCAGCCGCUCUUGCGCGUCUCGGCCACCGACGGUGACUUGCCCGCCACCGCCAAUGGCCAAGUUCGCUACGAGCUCUACAACGCUCUUUUCUCUGAUACAAACUUCACCGUGGAUGCCAUCACGGGCCAGAUCUAUGCAACACGUGCCCUCGACUAUGAGACAGUGCAGCGCUAUUUCUUUACUGUACAAGCUCAUGAUUUGGGUUCGCCCAGGCGCAGCUCCCCGGUGAUUAAUGUGACGAUCCUCGUCAUCAACGUUAACGACAAUGCUCCUCUGUUCGUCGAUGCGCCCUAUAGCGCCAACAUCUCCGAGGCCACCAGCAUUGGGACGGCUGUCCUUGCCGUGGCGGCAACUGACGCCGAUCUCGAGCAAACCCUGUCGUUCUCCAUCGUGGAUGCGGCCGUUCCUUUUGCCAUCGGGUCCCAAUCAGGAGUUAUCACGCUUGCCAACGCGGUUGAUCAUGAAACCGUGCUGUUCUACCGUUUUAACGUGCGCGUUCAAGACAGUGCUAGCAGUCCCCUCAGCGCCUUGGCCACAGUGACCGUAUACAUCACCAAUGUCAACGACAAUGCUCCAGAGUUUAGGGCCGAUACCUACAGCUGCACGAUUGCAGAGAAUUCAGUGGCAGGUACAUUUUGUCAAACAGUUCAGGCCGAUGACGCCGAUCGCGUGAAUAACGACGUAACGUACACCCUCAGCAACACGCAAGGCCGCUUUCGGAUCAAUCAUCUGACAGGUCGUAUCGAGACCACUGCGCCACUUGAUCGUGAAGCGCAGGCGAGCUACUCGCUGGUUGCUACAGCUGUUGAUUCCGGCAUCCCGCCUCGCUUUACCGAUGUGCCGGUGAUUGUGACUGUUUCGGACGUUAACGAUAAUCCUCCGCAGUUUGUCACAAAGAGCUUCACCCGCUCUGUGCCUGAAAAUGCGGCUGGGGGUACCGUUCUGGUUACGCUUGAAGUGACCGAUGCCGAUGUUGGCGACGCCUCGGCCGUUGCCUUUAGUAUCAACGGUGGGGAAGACCAAUUCGAGGUCAUCACAACGACGACCACCCCGGGCAAUGCCGGAACGGCGCGACUUCGCAUCAAGAACACAGCCACCCUUGACUAUGAGGCGGUCCGCAACUAUACCGUCCGUGUUACUGCGCUCAAUCCGGGAACGAGCAUGUCCGACGUCUGUACGAUUGACAUUCUGAUUACAGAUAUCAAUGACAACGCCCCUGUUUUUGGUCGCACCAGCUAUAGUACACGUAUCGCAUCCUCGACUCUCUCGGGCACCACAAUCUUGGCGCCACGCGCCACGGAUGUCGACACGGGUGCUGGAGGUGUCAUCACAUACAGUCUAUCACAGUCGGAUGCCGCCUCGUUUACUGUCGACGCCACCACUGGUGCCAUCAGCACGGCGCGUGUACUCACAGCAUCUGAUCGCAGUUUCUCGUUUGCCAUCAUUGCACGAGACGGCGGUGGCCUUUCCACUCAAGCGACAAUCUCGGUGACAGUGGCCACAACGUCCAACGAUCUGAACCCUCAGUUUGCUCAAGUCUCCCAAAUCACCUCCGUUCUGGAGAACUCGCCUGCAAUGACACGCGUCGCUCAGUUUGUAGCAGCCGAGGCCGACCAGGGUCUCAAUAGCCGCCUCAACUAUACCUUGGUGGAUGACCGCAAUGCUAGCUUUAUUGUCAAGACCGAGCUCAAUACCAAUAACCUGCGUGUUGCCAAUGUUUACACCACCCGACCUUUUGAUUACGAAUCUGGUGUUGUGUCUUACAUUCUCACGGUCGUCGCUACCGACUCAAUUAACACGGAUCGCCGAGGCCAGGCUACCUUGAUCCUCUCUGUGGAGAACGUCAACGAUAUGGCCCCCACUUUUGCCCGCCAGACCUUUUAUUUCAACUUUAGCGAAAACGCCAUUGUCGGCGCCGUUGUUGGCCAACUUGACGUCACAGAUGGGGAUCCUUUGGACGGUGGUGGCCGAUUCUACGUUCUUUCCGACGACGUGCCUCCCCAGCUCACCGUCACGUCUGAUGGUGUUAUCAAGGUGCAACAAACCGUCAAGUAUGAAGUCUACUCCUCCUUCACCUUCACCGUCCGAGCAGUUGACUUUGGUGCAAACCAGCUGUCUUCCAAUCUGUCGACUGUGAUUGUCUCUGUUUUGGACGAGAACACCUACGCCCCGGAAAUUUUGGAGCCCUCGGGUGAGGGAUAUGUGUGCUUAGUUGAGGAGGGCCGACCUGCGGGCACACGCUGUUCCACUCUUACAGCCAUAGACUAUGAUGCUCCGGGCACGCCUUUUUCCGAGCUCGUGUGGUCCUUAACGGGCUCGCCCGAAUUUGCCAUCAAUAGCUCUACUGGCGUGAUCUACACCACAUCUGUGAUUGACAGCUCGGUUCAAACCAAUUUCGCGCUCGUGGCCACCGUGCGCAACCCUGUGGGCAACGUUGGCAGUGAUAGCACCAACGUCAUUGUUCGAGUCGUAGAGCAAAACCUUUACGGGCCCCAAUUUGACUCUGCUGUGCGCCUCGUUGAGCUGGCCGAAACCGACUCAGCCCGGGUCAUCGUAGACUUGAACGCUAGCGAUCCGGACCACAGCAGCGUAGCUGACGUUGGCAUCACAUACACUCUCAAAGAGGCGGUGCCAGGCUUUUCAGUUGUCGCCUCAACGGGCGCGCUCCGCGCCGAUGCGGGCGUCCUGGAUUACGAGACCUUUUCUCGCAAAACCCUGACCGUGGUCGCCACGGAUGAUGGUGGAAUCCCACGCUCUGCCGAGAUUCUCGUCGUUUUGACCCUCACCGAUGUCAACGACAACUUUCCCACUUUUACUACUGAUAAUCUAGUCGUCGAGGUUGCCGCUGACGCAGCUAUUGGCUCGAUUCUUUCACGCGUGACCGCUCGCGAUGCAGACUCUGGCUUUAGCGGCAGCGUCCUUUAUUCUGUCACUGGUGGUCCCGUGCCGUUCGCCGUCGACCGCUCUGGCUACCUAACGACCACGGCAGCACUCGAUGCACUGCCUUACUCGUUUGCUGUGACAGCAACGGAUGAGGGUGAUCGGGAUGGCUUUAGUGCACUUCAAUCACUGACCCCUAUUUCAAUCACCGUGCGCCUACCUGACCCCGGGUCAGACUUGGUCCCUGCUUUUGAUGUUGCCUUUGCACAAGCCAACGUCUCUGAAGACGCCUCGAUUGGCCUUGGUAUCCUUGAUAUCCCCAUUGCUAACAUGUCGCUUGUGGCCUUUUUUGAGCUUCGCUCUGCCGAUGGCACCAAUGCUUCUGAUUUUGCCAUUGAUCGCAAUGGACAAUUGGUCGUGGCCAACUUUCUCGACUAUGAAACCAAGACGUUUUACAACCUCACCAUCAUUGCACAUGGCUAUGGGCCGAGCACUGCCACGUCUUCAAUGUGGGUGGCCAUCAACAUUCAAGAUAUCAACGACCACGCUCCAGUAUUUGAUGCGGUGCAGGUUCGCAUCUACGUCUCUGAGUUGAAGGAGGCCGGCUCGAUUAUUGGCCGCGUGCGGGCCACCGACAAAGACGAUGCCGCCCUUUAUGGAGCGGUGACCUACCAGCUGAUCGAAACAUUCCCGGCAUUGACUGGCUCCGCCCGCUUUUUGCUGGGCGUGGAUGACAGCGACAACGCAGCCACCAUUCAGCUCUCAGACCCAAGCCCGCUUGACUACGAACAAGUUCAGCUCUACACUCUGACGAUCCGUGCCAUAGACGCCGGUUUCCGCUUUGCAGAUGCCACUGUCUACGUCGAGGUGCUCGAUGCUCCAGAUGGGCCUGCGCUGCAAUUUGUUGACCCCGUUGCCUCAAUCAAGCUGCCCACAGGCUUCUCUGGUGAGGUGGCGACUUUACGCGCUGCCUUUGCCUCGCCGGCGCCGCAACAAACCAUUACCUACACGCUAACCCGAAUGACAGACUUUGCCAUUGGAUCUGUUGCCAACUCAGCGGGCCUUAUUUCGGCCCCAUCCCCUUUGAGCGAUGGGUUCUACUCUCUGCUCGUUCAGGCGUUGAGUAGUGCGGGCCAGUCUGUUUCCACCACGCUGAACGUCACGGUCGCGCCCGUGACGCCCACCGACGUGCAAUUCUCUGCUAGCAAUUACAAGGCAACCCUUGCAGAGUCGGCACCUUUGAGUACCAACGUCGUCACUGUCUCUGCCACCGUGAACGGUGCCUCAUCGGCGAGCAUGCGAUAUGCUAUCGUCGGUGGUGGCGAUCGUUUCUCAAUUGGCGCGAGCUCGGGCGUAAUCAGCCUGGCAGCUGCGCUCAACUACGAAGACGCCAGUUUCCAUGCAUUGACUGUGCGUGCGACGGAGACUGCGUCGGGUCAGCAAGCUUUGGCCACUGUGCGUGUAACCGUGGUCAACAUCGUUGAGAGCAUUCGCUUUGAGGCGAAUGUUUAUGCUGUUUCUGUGAGCGAGUGCAAUCACGGGGACUUGCCAGCCUGCAACUGGACUGCCCCGGUUCUGCGAGCCUUUGAUGAAGGCAAUAAUCUUGUCGCCGCCACUUUCAAUGUGAUCGGUGACACACGCUUUGUCAUUGGGCAGGACGCUACGCUUGCAUAUCAGGUCGAAUUGGCUCCGGGUGCCAUCUUUGAUUACGAGGCCACUUCGGUCGUCACUACGACUUUGCAGGCAACAAGCAACACCCUGACCACCUCCGCCACGCUCCAGAUACACGUGCUGAAUGUGGAUGAUCUGGCCCCAGUCUUUGUUAACAACGCUAGCCUUCUCGAGCCCAUUGUUUCCGAGGGCCUGCCCGUCGGGAGCGUCGUGACCUCGAUUGCCGCCUACGACCCAGAUGUUACCACAGACGUGGCUCCGAGCCUCACUUUUGCCCUUGCGGAACCGUUCGAACCCUUUGAGAUGGAUGGGACCUCAGGCACCCUGCUGCUUCGCUCACCCCUGGAUCGCGAAACUCAAGAUCGAUAUGCGCUCAACGUUACGGCCACGGAUCUUGUGGGGCGCACCAGCGCCGUUCUUGUCAACGUCACGGUAACUGAUCUCAACGACAACGCCCCUGUCUUCAAUGAAUCCGUUGCGUGGGUGGAAUUCACCUCUCCAAUUUUGGAUGGAAGCUACGUGACCACUCUCAAUGCGUCUGAUGCGGACAUUGGGGUCAAUCGCCAACUGCGAUUUGCCAUCAGUCGGCUUCAUGAUGCCGGUGACUUUGUCGUCAACGCCGAGUCGGGCGUUGUGGAGCUCUCGCGAGCUCUUGACGUCGGAACUUACUCCGUCAUCGUUACGGCCACAGAUCAGGGGCAGCCUCAGCUCAGCAGUGAUCCUGAUGCCAACGUGACCGUGGCUGUACUUCCUCCACCCACACGUCCCAGCUGGGUGGUUCCAGCACUCUUGGUGCGCACGCUGAAUGAGGAAGCUCCUGCCAGUACCAUUUACACACUGACGCCGCUUAUCGAUGACCGAACAGUUACGACAGAAGUAGUGCUCCUCACUGACACCACCGACUUCGAGGUGGUGGAGAGCAAUGGCAAUGUGCAACUUCGCAGCACUGUCCCCCUUGAUCGAGAGACCCAGGCCACGCAUACCCUACUUCUAGGCGUCCGCGACCCCGCUGUGAGCCCUCUGAUGGAAAAUUUGACGGUGUCAGUGGAACUUCAAGACGUCAAUGAUCACGACCCCGUGUUUGUGCACCCGUACAUUCAGGUCAAUCUCUCAGAGGCCGUGCCCAUCAACACCACCGUUGCGAGCGUGUUGGCGACCGACCUGGAUGAUGGUGCCAACGGUCAUGUCCGAUUCUCCGUCGAUGCAGGUUCGGAAUCCCCCUUCUUUUUUGUGGGGCCAGCAGGCCUCAUUGUGACCCGAGCGAGCCUCAACUACGAGUCACUCUCCAACGCCACCAUCGUGCUGAUUGUGCAUGCCACGGAUGGUGGAGGGCGUCAGGCUCUGCCACCUGCCACAAUUGUUAUCGACAUUCUCAACGAGAACGACAAUCAUCCAGUGUUAAAUCAGAGUGACUACUUUGUCGAUCAAAUGGAGGGCGAGACGAAUUCGGCCCUGGUUCAAGUCGGCGCUACAGAUGCGGACGGGCCAUUAUACCCGCUGACAUUUAGUUUGGCGGCGUCAGACAUUGCCCAGGGGUUUGCAAUUGAUGCAGCCACUGGCGUUGUAUCUGUGACCGCGCCCUUGGACCGUGAGACGACUGAUGCGUACACGCUUUUAGUGACCGUCUCCGACGGCGUCAUUGCCUAUGAUGUCGUUGCCAGUGUACAUAUCACCGUGUUAGAUGCCAAUGACAACACGCCUGUGUUGGAUUCAAGCGUGGACACGCUCGUCUUGGAUGAGAACACGGAGCAAGUAGUGCUGCCUUUUGGCGUUUAUGCUUCGGAUGCUGAUAUUGGAAUGAAUGCCGAGAUUUCGUUUGCCUUGACAUCCGACCCAGCCUGGUUUACCAUUGAUGAGGCAACCGGUGUGGUUUCGCGCUCGGGCGCGGUCGACUUUGAGCUGCUUCGUGCCUCCACUGCCGCAUGCCCAACCAGCAAUGUGAAUGGCUCGCUGAUCCCCAUCACUUUGUCCGUGACGGCCACGGACGGCGGCACGAUUGCCCGGUCCACUGACAUCCAACUUGUCGUUCUAGUGCGUGAUUUGAAUGACAACCCCCCAACUUUGGUCGAUGCACCCGCCACCUACGAGCACAACGAGAGCGUGGCCACGUUUCCGGUUGUGGUUGGUACCUUUGUCGCUGCCGACGAAGACUGCACCUCAGCCACUUUGAAUUUUUCCCUUGUCAAUGCCUCUGAUGCAUCCUAUUUUGCUGUGGUGCCCGUUGCGCCCCAAACCGCUGAGUUGCGGCUCAUCAAAGCUGUUGAUCGUGAAGUCACACAGACCCUAUCGGCAACCUUAGCGGUCUUUGAUGGCGCCACGGCCAUUGCCUCAACGCUUGUUGUGACCGUCCUGGACGCGAACGAUAAUGCCCCAGCCUUUGCGCAACGCCGCUUCGAAACAGACCUGAGCGAGGCUGCUCCUGGAACAAACGUGCUGUCCCUAGUCGCCACCGACGCCGAUGCUGGACAGAAUGCAGAAAUAGUUUACUCCAUCAGCAGCGGUGACCCCAACAAUGACUUUGCACUGGACAACGAAACUGGCUUGCUCACCACUGCACGUCUCAUUUGCUUGUCAGACGCGAUCGAGGCUUAUAAUUUGGUGGUGGCCGCGGCAGACCGUGGUAUCCCGUCCCAGCGCACUGAGGUGGCUGUCUUCAUCCGCAUCGUUCGUGCCGCAGACGCUACCAUCCUGUAUGCUGCGAAGGACAUGAACGUCACGAUUAUGGAGCACGUUGCCAUCGGUACGACCGUGGCCAAUCUCGAGAUUGACAGCGGCAACUGCACUUCUUCAGUUGAUUAUAGCCUGAGCGUGCUGCCCGCUUCCGGUACUCCUUUUGUUAUCGACCCCUCCUCGGGCUUGGUGACUGUCAAUGCGGAUCUCGACCGUGAGACGAUCAAGGAAUAUGAUUUGAUUGUCACGGCAUCAACAUCGACCGGUGUUGAGGAUACCAAAAGCGUGACUGUGCACCUUGCAGACCGCAAUGACUUUCCACCCGUCUUUGCGGUCAACCUUACUCGCGCUUCGAUCGUCGAAAACGUGGCCACGGCCGAGACUGUGGCCACCGUGGUGGCCACAGAUGCUGAUGAUUGUUCUUCGUGCAUGCUGAGCUACAGCAUCACCGCUGGAAACGCCGGGGGCACGUUCGCCAUCGAUGAACAGGGCCGCAUCACGCGCGUUCAGGCCCUAUGCGCUGCCGAUCGUCCCACUUUCACCCUUCAGAUAACGGCAAGUGAUGGGGGUAGCCCGGCCCUCACAGCCACGACUAUCGUCAUCGUGGCUGUCACCGCCGCUCCGCCUAAUACCAACACCGCACCUGUUUUUAUCAUUGCUGACCAAGCACUUGAAAUUCCUGAGAGCCGAGCACCAGGUGUGCUGCUGAAUGCCGCUGCCGUGGAUCCCGACUGUGGCGAUGAAUUGGUGUACGAUAUUGUGGAAGGCGAUCUUUACUCCGACUUCCUCUGGCUCACGCAAGCUGGCAACCUUCUGCUGGUUCGAGGCCCUGAUGUCAGUCUGCUGGCUGAGGCGCGCGUUACCCUGCGUGUCACAGACCUGGACGGCGCCUCCGCGCUGCUUCGCGUCAACAUCACUUUCCUGGAUGCAGCCGGCUUCCCGCGCUCCAAUGAAGGCUUUCCGAGCUUUGACCUGGAUCAGUACAACUUUACCGUGGUAGAGGCUGCGGCCGGGCUCGUCGUGGGGACUCUCUCGGCCACCGAUGAUCGCGCGGUGGUGUUUUCGCUGGUGGGCACGGACGCCCAAGUCUUUGACAUCGAUGCUGGCACCGGCUUGUUGACCACCAUCAGAGACCUUUGUGCCGCUACACAAAACGCAUAUCAUUUUACUGCUCGUGCCCACGAUGAAGGUGGCCUGGUAGCCUCGGUGCCCAUUACAGUCAGUGUCACUGGUGCUCCAAACGCGGCACCGACUUUCACCGCCGAUACCUUGUCUUUGCUCACCGUGCCCGAAGAUGAAGCUGUGGGCAGCUUAGUGGGCUCGCUUUACGCCACCGAUUCCAACUGCGGGGACAUGCUCAUUUUUAGCAUCGUGUCGCAGACCCCCUCCGGUUAUUUUCUCGUGGCGGCUGACUCAGGGGCUAUUACUCUGAGCCAGACACUCGAUGCCGAGACGACGAGCACGCACACACUUCAGGUGGCAGUCAGCGAUGGGACGGUCCAAGCCCUCCAGGCCAUCACCAUCACCGUCACAAAUGUGGACGAUGAGGCACCCGUGUUCGCCACUGCCAGUGCUUCCGUGAGCAUUCCUGAAAACCAGGUUGCUGGAGAGACCAUCUACCUGGCGCAGGCCACAGAUGCCGAUUCGGUGACGCUUCGGUACACUCUGACCAACAGCUCGCGCUCGCCCUUUGCCAUCGAUGCCGUCACCGGUCAGGUGGCUGUGCGCGGCACGCUGUGCGCUGCCACAACCCCUUUGCACUUGGUCGAAAUCGUGGCGUCCGACGGUGUCAAUGCAGGCUACAUGCAGCUUGCUGUGACGGUGACCUCCGUCAACGCCUACCCGCCCAGCUUUGAGUCCUCUGUGUAUCACUUCCAGGCGUAUGAGGUGCAAGCCUCGGGUUCAUUUGUUGGCCGGGUGGCCGCGCAAGAUCGGGACUGCGGUGAUACUUCCUUCGUCUAUAGCAUUAUUGGGGGCCAAACCAGCCCCGCCACUUUCAGCAUCAACGCUGACACCGGCGCCAUCGCCAUUCUGCGCCCCGUCGAUUACACCAAGCAAACCCAGCACACGCUGACGGUCAUGGCCAGUGAUGGCCGAUCCGUGCCUCGCACCGGCACUGCGCAGGUCAUCGUCUCCGUAAAGCCCAACUCGGGUGACUUGCCCGUGUUCACCGAGCCGACAUACUUUUACGUGGUUCCAGAGGAUGCCCUGCCAGGCCACGUGCUGGGCAUGCUGGCCUAUCGCAGCCCUAACAAUGUGCAAGUUGCAUUUAGUAUCGUUGAUGGCAACGAGGAUGCUUUCAUGGCCCUCAACGCCAGCACUGGUGCCCUGACGAUCGCAAGCGAGCUUUGCUAUCGGCGCGCCGCUCAAGUACAGCUCACAGCACGCAUCGUGAAUACAAACGAUACCUCUCUCUACACCGACACGGUGGUCCGCAUUGACGUGCUUCAAGCCAAUGCUCACGCCCCUCUCUUUGCCAACUCAUCGGCCGACUCAGCCUCAAUCAGUGAGACGACAUCAGUUGGCACGGUGGUGCUCACAGCGACGGCCACUGACGCCGACUGUGAUGAUGUGGUGACAUAUGCCCUCCUCUCCGGUGGCGACUACUUUAGCAUCCAAGCCACCACGGGCCAAAUCCGCAUUGAACAGGCGCUCGCCUAUCAUCUCCACUCUUCACACGUGGUUCAAGUCCAGGCCACCGACCUCCUUGGGCGCGCCACGUCCAAGGUAUUCACCGUCAACGUCAUCAACGUCAAUACGCUGCCCCCUCGGUUUUCUCAGGGCAUAUACGAAAUGAGCAUUUUGGAGAGUCGUCCAGUGGGCAGUUUGGUGGGCACGCUGGCCGCCGAGGAUGCCGAUUCUACAAGCCUAACGUACACCAUUCUCUCAGGCAACAGCGGCUUGACUUUUGCAUUGAGUGCGACGUCGGGCAACCUGACACUGCGGAAUACGGUGUGCGCCCGCGAUCCGGGCUCAUUCGUACUCGUGGUUCAGGUCACCGAUGGCCAGUUUACACAUAGCACGGUUGUGCGGGUCACGGUUUUGCGCGAUGUCCAGGCCCCCCCGACCGUUGCUCUCACCGCGCCAGUUACACUCUACUCGGAUGCCGCUGCCGGCACUGCUGUUGCUGUUGCGCGCGCCACCGUCGUGGAAUGCUAUGGCAACGUGACCUUUGCCGUGGCAGCCUCAAACGCCGCCCCCAUCACAAUUGACUCGACCACGGGCCUGGUGCGCACGAACGGACCCCUUGUGGAAUCAGCUUAUUUGGCGGCCAUCACGGCCGCCAACAACGCUGGAACUACCGCCUUCAACUUCCUCCUUCAGGUUACGACGCGCCCAGCCACCACGCCCAGCUUCUCCCAGACACACUAUGAAGUCAACGUCCUCGAGACGACCGACGUUGGCGAUGUCGUUUUUCUUCCAAGUGUUGAGGCAAAUGGAGCAACAGUGACCUUCUCGCAGGACGGAUCUGCUUCCAGUCUGGCCGUCGAUACCCAAACCGGGGAUGUCCGGCUUCUUCGAAGCCUCUGCGCGGCCUUGCAGCCCCAACUCAGCCUGGUGCUGCUUGCCACCACUGCCACUGGAGCCACGGCGCGCGCCUCCAUCACCUUUACUGUGGUCGCCAUCAACGCCCACAAACCCACUUUCAGUCGUUCUCUGGUAACGGUCAGUGUGGCCGAAAACACUCCACCCCUGACACCCAUCUUGGCCCUGUCAGCUUCGGACGCCGACUGCACGCCCGCCCCGCUGGCUUUCUCAAUCGUCGGCGGCGGCACGGCUGCAACCCAGUCGUUUGCGCUGGCUCCAGGUACCAACGUUCUUCGCACGCUGGCCACCCUGGAUUAUGAGGCUCAGUCGUCUUUCACAAUCUUUGUGCGCGUUUCCGACGGCACUCUCAGCUCCGUAGCUGAGGUUCGUAUCACCGUCACGGAUGUGGCCGACCAGGCUCCCGUGUGGGCGGCCUCCGCAUAUGCCGCUUCGGUCCUGGAAAAUGCUCCUCUGGGUACUACAGUGACCACUGUCGGUGCAGCCACCCCCGAUCGACAGGCGCUGUACUAUUCACUUGCCGCUGGCAACGAGGCAUAUGGCUUUCAGGUGGGCACCACAAGCGGCGUUGUAUCACUGCAGCGCACUCUGUGCGCCCGCAAUCAGGACUCUUACAACCUCACGGCCCGUGCAACUGUGCUGGCCAACACGGCCAUGUUUGCGGACGUGGCCGUGACCGUGGCUGUGGUGGAUGCCAAUGAGUAUGCUCCGGUGGUCCGCGUACCGGCGGCCAUGCAAGAGCUGACAGAAGCCACUCCCGUGGGCUCGACACUGCUCACGCUGACGGCCACUGACGCUGAUUGCAACGAUCAAGUCCGUUUCCGGAUCGUCGGCGGUCAAGCCAACCCCGCACACUUUGCCAUCGACGCGCUGUCGGGAGCCAUUACGCUGAUUCGCGCGGUAGAAUCAGCAGUCACCACCACACACGCGAUUCGCAUUGAGGCGUAUGACAACCACCCUUACAACCCCCGUUCCACUCUUGUCACUGUCGGAUUCCUGGUCCUCGAGGCCGGCGCCCUGGAUCCUACCUUCACGGCCCCCUUGGUGAGCGUGACCGUGGAUGAAACCAUCCCAAUUGGAACAGUGGUGGCCCAGCUCACGGCACGGGACGAGGACGAACCAGGAACCAUUGUUCCUGAAGAAUUUCGCCUUGUCGGGGGCAAUGCGCCUGGUCUGUUUGCUGUAGACCUCUAUAGUGGCAACGUGACAUCGACCAGCGCCCUGUGCGCCGCCGAGUUGCCCGUGAUCACGCUCCAAGUGACCGUGGGUGAGGAGGGCCAGCCCUACGACGUAGCUACCGUCAAUAUCUCAGUCCGCAAUGUCAACAAUCAUGCGCCCGAGAUUACUGCAAGCUCGCUCAAUGUGUCGGUGUCCGAGGACGCGAACAUCGGCACGUUGGUCUUUAGCGGCAUUGCCACCGACGCCGAUUGCCGCGACGUGCUGACAACAACUCUGGUCGGCGGUGAUUCGGUACCACCUACUUUCUACGUGUCGGGUGUCGACUCGAAUGGCGCCUUUUCGGUUGGACUGCUGCGCCGCGUGGACCGUGAGGACGUUCCAUUGUGGUCGUUGACUGUGCGUGUCAGUGACGAUGCGGGACGUAGCUCCACCGUGACAGUGCACUUGUCCGUGACGGACAUCAAUGACAACAGCCCCCUGUUUGGCCAGAAUGUCUACACCGCGGCCAACCUGCCCGAGCGGACAGCAGUGGGUACUCGUGUGGCCACGGUACAGGCCUCCGACCGCGACACGGGCCUCAACGCUGCCCUGCAUUAUUUCUUUCUCACCCCGACCUCAGUGUUCACACUCAACGAGACCACCGGUGUGGUGAGCUUGGCGCAGACCGUGUGCGCCGACAUCCGCUCGAUCUACGAGCUGCAGGUCGUUGCUCAAGAUCAGGGUGUGCCGGCUCGCAACGAUACAGCCAACCUGAUCAUCAGCAUCGCCCCGGUGAACGACUUUCAGCCACGCAUAGCCGGCUCAGGGACGCUUGCAGCCAUGGUCAGUGAAGCUGCGCCUGUGAACGCCUCAGUCUUUUCAAUUGUCGCAACGGAUGGCGACUGCGAAGAGACGUUGACCUACACCAUUGCUGCCGGAGACUAUGAGCCGCCCUACUUUGCCAUUGACAACGUGACAGGCAGCAUCAUCGUGGCCCGCACACUUGACUAUGAGUUGGUCACCCGCUAUGUUUUGCAGGUCCACGUGUCCGACGGCGAGUACACAGACUCAAGCUCACUGGUCAUCACUGUUGAGGAUGUGAAUGACAAUGCACCCGUCUUCUCACGCACCACCUAUACAGCAACCUUUGCUGAGACCCAAAGUGUGGGUACAACAUUGCUCACGCUCGCUGCUUCGGACCGCGACUCGGGCAUUCGUGGCAUGUUUGAUUUCGCUUUGAUCAGCGGCAACGGCGAUGGCCGAUUCGACCUCAAUGCUACCACAGGCGAGCUCAGCUUGCUCUUACCUUUGGAUAGAGAAAAUGCAUCCUCGUAUACUCUCGGUGUUGCGGUCACCGACCGGGGCACACCGGCUCUCAACUCGACUGCCCGCGUCAUCAUCACCGUGACGGACGUGAACGACAACGCGCCGCAGUUUACGGCAGAGACGUUUAGUGUGUAUUUGGCUGAAAAUGCGCAGGCUGGCGACCCAGUAUUCACCGUGACCGCCACGGAUGCUGACGUUGGUGUCAACGCGGCACUGAGUUUUACGCUCCUCGCCUCAGGUGAUGCUGCGCGCUUCAACAUGAGCGCAGAUGGCAGCAUCACCGUGGCCGCCGGCGCCUCGUUUGAUCGGGAGACACAAGAGUCCAUCGUCCUUACCGUCCGUGUUCGCGAUGCAGGUGUGCCUAGUCUGCAGAGCGAGACCACACUGACCGUGCACCUCACAGACGUCAAUGACAAUCCGCCCGUUUUUGCAGUUGCCACACAAAACGUCAGUCUGAGCGAAAAUGCCCCUGGCACGCUCCUGCUGACCGCAACCGCGACGGACGCAGAUGUGGGUGCCAACGCUGGCAUUGUUUACAGCUUGGAAAAUACCUUCUCGGGACGGUUUACCAUCAACGCGUCCAGCGGGGCUUUGUCCACGACAGGACCACUCGAUCGCGAGGCUCAAGCUGCAUAUCGCCUCGUCGUGGUGGCGUCUUCUAUCAUGCCGCCGCUGCAAGAAGCUACUCUUGAUGUUUAUGUCACCGUGCUGGACAAAAACGAUAAUCACCCAGUCCUUCAGUCCACCGAAUACUCGAUUGUCUUACCCGAAAAUGCGGCCGUCGGCACCCUAAUCCUACAACUCAAUGCUACAGAUGCGGACGAGCCGGGUCAACCAAACUCGCAGAUAGCCUACGCACUCAUUGACGGCAACACUGAAAACCUCUUUGCGCUAGAUACGACCACAGGCGCACUCACCGUGGCUAUUUCCCCCAACGCUGAGGUGCACAGUGAUGCAAGCCUCCUUAUUCAAGUGCGAGACAUGGGGCCUGGUACUUUUGUGCUCAAUAUCACGAUUGAGAUCUUGCUGCAGGACCUGAAUGACAACCCGCCCGAGUUUGACAGCGCCAGCUACACGGGCAGCGUAGCAGAGGAUGCCGCGAUCAAUACCACCGUGACCCAGGUCUCCGCCACCAAUCCAGAUGUCUCGGCUGACCCCAUCAAAUACUCGAUUCGUGCUGGCAACGCAGCCGGACGCUUUGCCAUUGAUGCAACCACGGGCGAGAUCCGGGUGGCACAAGUCCUUGAUCGUGAAACGACACCUGGAUAUGUUCUCACGGUUCGCGCCGAUGAUAGCGUUCAAUUGGCUCAGACGUCGGUGACCAUUACAGUCACAGACGUCAACGACAACAGUCCUGUGUUUGUUCGGCCAACGUACUCCACUGCCAUUGCCGAGUCUGCUCCUGAGAACUCCCCUGUUCUACAGGUGUCGGCAACGGAUGCCGAUGUUGGCCUCAAUGCACGUCUGAGCUACGAGCUUGCAGGCUCGACCAUGCUGCUGACUGCAACGAAUGCCGUGGUGCCCUUUGACAAUGCCAGCACGUUGCCCUUUGCUAUCAACGCCAGUACGGGCCAGAUCACCGUCACCGCCGCUCUUGAUCGCGAGACUGUCUCGCGCUAUGACCUUGUUGCGUUAGCUCGGGACGCUGGCACGCCACAACGCAACGCAACAGCCCUCGUCACGGUCAACGUGCGUGAUGUCAAUGACCGUGCCCCUGUUUUUGCGCAAGCCAUGUAUACUCUGUCGCUGCCUCGUGAGACCCUGGCCCCGACAGCGCUCGUCAACGUGAGUGCGAGUGAUGCCGAUCUCAAUUCUGUUCUCACCUACCGUGCCCAGUACACUGAGCCUGCUGGUGUUUUGGCCGUCAACACUGCGGGUACCGUGCGCCUUGCGAACAGUCUUUGUGCGCUUUCAGCCAUCUCCUUGGUCCUUGUCGUGGAGGCGUCAGAUGGUACCAACGUAGGCUCGGCCAUCGUUCAGGUCAACGUAACGGACAGCAACUCUCAUGCCCCCGAAUUUAGCAUGCCCUCCACGACCUUUGCCCUGCCCCUGGGCACACCGGCGGGCAGCGAUGUCACAAAUAUCAUUGCAACGGAUGCCGACGUGGCCUGCGGUGGGGGUCAGCUUACGUACGCCAUCCGAAGCGGCAACGUUGAUAAUGUCUUUGCGCUUGAUACCUUCUCCGGGGCGCUUUCGGUGGCGCGAACGCUGACCAGCGACAUGCCGGGCCAGUUCACCCUCGUGGUUGCGGCAUCCGAUGGCUCACUGUCAACGACGUUGCAGCUUGACCUCUUCCUUGUGUCGCAAGUGGUCCCCAGCUUUGCAGUCGCUGGCACGGGCUUUCGAGCUCCGGGUGUAAGCUCGGGUGAGGAUCGCACGGCCUCGACCAGCGUCGGCUUCUUGGUGGACUCAAAUGUCAAUGGUCAAGGCACCUUGACCGCCAAGUUUGGGGCGUUAACGGCCAGCGCCCGUUAUCGCGACGCCUUUAAACCCGCCGCUUCAAUUCGGGCUAUUCUUCUUACGGAUGAAGUGUGGUUUGAUGAUGCCCAGGUCCGCGUCGCCCUCCAAGUGCGUGACGAGGACCAUAGCGUCAAGGUCGCAUCGACCACUGUCGUUGUACAGCUCGUGCCGGAGCAAGCUCUUUUGGACAUUGCCACCACCAGCAUUUCGGCCCAAUGCACCGUAGGGAGCUCGGGUGCUUGUACCGUUGAGACGGCCAGCCUUCCUGAUGCUUAUUUUGUGCCCGGACAAUCCUACCAGGUGAGCGUGCAAUACGGCAUCAGGGAUGGUCCGAUGUCCGAGUUGGGUACUGUGCGCCUGCGCUCGCAAACGAGUGCUCUGACCGACGACAGUUAUGUCGAUGAUGUGGUCCAGGAAUUGCCUGGCCGACCGCUGUAUCGAGGCCAGCGCUUCACGGUUCCGGUCUUAUCAGACCCCUCGUAUGACGUGCGGUCCUUCACUUUCUCUAUUGUCACGGAUUCCAAUGUGUAUCUGGAAAGCGUGAGCUUUGACAGUUCUCGGUGGACGCUGGUGCGUACAACUUCAGGCCGCACCAACGGCAUCGUUGCAAACCUGAAAGAUGCCAGUCUGGCGCGCCCAGGGGUGAUCGGGCGCCAACAGCUUCUUUUGAUCACCUAUCGCGUUGAGGCGACCGCUGUUGAGGACGCUGCCUCCUCUCUCAGCUUUACCGUCGAAAACUUGGUUACCACCGAGGGCAGUGUGCGCGUGCGUGGCCUUGUUGGCUCACAACCUGGCACCUACGCUGAUCGUAUCGGUGUAAGCCAGGCUGGGUCUGUUUUCAUUGCUUCAAACGCCGUCAAAGGCAUCCUGCCCUACGUCGAUCAAAGUCAGUUGGUCAACACUGCCGUCCUCACAGGCUCCGUCGUAACUGCAAACAUCAAUGUGCUGGCGUGCUAUGUCUGCUCUCGCUCCAGUGCGGUUGACUUUUGCGAUGCCCAGUGCAGCACUGUCAGUCGCAGCCUGGCAUCUUGCAGCUCAGCUGAUACUAAUGUGGCCGCCGUAUCGGGCUGUCAGGUCCGCUUGGCUGGCACCGAGACCACAGGCGCGGCCUCGCUCUUGAUGACCGUGACGUACAACGGGCGCAGCAACUCCGUCCCGCUGCAAGUUUGGCAUCCUAGCAACACGGUGCUGUCCGUGAGCGACUCCACUCUCAAUGCAUUUGCGCGCUGGAUGACGCCGGCACCAAGUUGCAGUCUUCGCUACCAGAGUGCUGAUGUCACCGUCACCAGUACUUUUGCAGCCGGUGGCUCGCGGGUCUUCACCGUGGACGUUACGGAAGUUGCGCGUGCACAGCUCGUGGCCGGAAGCGCUGCGGUAGCCGUGUCCACUGCUUCGCCACCCACGGUCACGGGCAUGGCCCCUGGCAGCAGCUCCGUGCGUCUCAUGGCCGGAGGUCGCUUGGUGGCCGCAGUCCCCGUCGAGGUAGCAAGUGAUCCCGUCGACAUUAUUGGCUUGGAUGUCGUCCUGGCCACGGCCAUUUUCGUACUUGAGCCCAAUGACAAUGUGCGCUUUGAGCGCCUGUCCAUGGUUCCGGCCGAGUGUCAGCUAGAGACGGCCCUUGAUGUUGAGGGCAAGUCGGCGACCGUUGUGGCCUCGGCAGUAGCAUCAGACGGCACGCGCAUAGCCGUUACCGCUGCAGACGGCCUGGUGCUUGCCUCAUCCAAUCCCACGGUCCUGGUUCCUGGAGUGGACGAAGUCUUGGCGGGGUCGGAAACGGAUGCUGCCAUCCUCUCAGCAACGUGGGCCGCCUGUGGCGAGACCUUGGCGACCAGCGAGCAAGAAGUGUCGGUAGAAUUGGGCGAUCCGAUUGGUGUCGUCUUUACCCAGGUAGCCAGCUCCGUCGUGCACUCGAGUGACCCACUGGCGCAGCAUGGCAGUGUAGCUGUCAAGUCCAGCAUCCGCGUGUUUUUGCAGUUUGAUGGCAGCGCUGACAAGGACGUUACCGAUGAUGCGCGCACCGUCUUCAAUUUCCCUGCUGAGCUCGUGGAUGUGAGCGUUCCUGCAGGCUCGACCACAGGCGAAAUUGUGGCCCGAGAAGCUGGUGUGACGGGAACCGCCACCAUUACCGUUUCGUUCACCCAUCUCAACGAAACUCUCAUCGCCAGUCUUCCAGGCAACAGCGUCAGCCUGGACGUGGUGCGCCUAACUUCAGUCGAGGUCGCCUCUGCGCCAUUCCCCGUCUACUCAGGCUCAAGCUCAUUUUCGGAGACAACCUUGAGCCAAAUUGGGCCAACUGGCAUUUAUCAGCAAGCAGAGCUCUCCAUGACGCUCGUGGUCAGCGAUGGGCGGACCUUUUCCGUCGACACACACGCAAACGCAGACUACGGCGUGUACAGCCCAGGCACCACCUCGAGCGCUACGGGAGUCAUCAGCAUUGCACGCAGCGGCAGUGAUCGGGUCGUGACGGCCCUGGCUGCCGGAACAGUCGAUGUAGUUGGCUCUUUUGCUGGCAUGCCCGUGUCGUCAGCGCUUGUGCUGACGGUCAGCGACACCCCCGUCACCGUCACCGCCCUGCAGAGCAUGACCUUCCCUAGCACAGUUGCUGGCUUUGCCUCGACGGCAACAGGCCAAGCUCGAAUGCACGCGCUUUUCAGCGACGGCACUCGCUACACAAACCUGUUUGCCUCCAACGGCAAUCCAGCCCUGCCAGGCUUGGUAUCCUUCAGUCUGAGCACCACUGUGCCGGCCAGCGUGGACCAAAACCGUGGCACGGUCACGCUUCUUGGCAACUACCAUGAUUAUGUGACCCUCACCGCCACUGCCGUCGGAACUUCUGUGACGGCCUCGGCUGACUUUGCUUGCAACCUUUACCCUGACACCAACGACGCGGACCUCGGGAACCUUAACGGCAUUCCCUUGCCUCCCACCGCUGUUGGCGCGCAGCUCAAUGUGCGCGUCGCGCUCAACACGGGAAGUGUGGCCUUUGGCGCUUUUACAGUUAACGUGUACUACGAUGAGACGAAGCUUCAGGCCAUCGAUGAUGGCUUUAUCCUUGGCAAUGACUGGGAGGAUGGCCCUUUUUCAGCGCGUACGAAUAAUCCCCCGGGCGAGUAUCAAGUGACGGGUGUAGCUGGCGGCUCCAGCGACCGCGGAACCAACUACCACCUGGUGACGCUGCCCUUCACGGUCAUUGGAUCUGGACUAACUCAGCUGACGGGCGUUAUUGAGACCCUCAACCGCGCGGACUCGGCAACAGCCGUCCCUAUUGGCACUCCCAAUCGCCAAAUGGUGGCCGGCGUGGUAAAUGUGCAGCUGACGGGUGCAGACCGUCGCCGGAGCAUUCAAGUGUCCUCGAAUAAUGUGACAUUCGGCGUUGACUAUGAACACGCUUCUUCACGUUUGAACGAGGACUCGCCUCAACGCGACGUUGCAGUGCCACCCCCCAUGUUUACUCGGGUGCAACCAAGACUUGAAGCCGCCCGCGCUCGGUACGCGCAGGACUUGGCGCUUCAUGGCACACCGGCCAAUGUGACCCGCCAGCGCCGAGCCGCCUGCACGGGCAAGGCUGAGUAUGGCGAUGCGGACGGCAACUGCGUCUUUGACAUUGCAGAUGUGGCAUAUACUCUGCAGUACAUUGUCGAGGCUUUGGUCGACUUUACCGGCAGCUUUGGCGCCGCUUUUGACGAUAUCACCGAGCGCCAGAUCAAGGACAUGGAUGCGGAUCGCAAUGGUGUUGUGGACGGCACCGAUGCCUUUUACAUGGUCAAGGCCCUCGUGCUGCUCUCCCGCUUCGUCGAUAACCUGGUGGCCUCUCCCAUCAAUGACACAGACGGCUCGGGUUGCACAUUGCGGCUGGCCGUUGACGUUUUCGAAGCGGGCGACGAGAUCGAUACGUCCCCCGCCACGGCACCUACUACCGAGGUUUACUUUCUCCUCAUGUCAACGCGCAGUACCAUGAAGCAAGAAUUGCAAGAUUCGUCGGACAACUGUGUCGCCUGCGAAGGCGAGGUACUGCCUCUUGUCCUGCAAAGCACUCGGAAUAGAGCAUAUGGUGGCGUGGUCAAGGCUGUACGCGAGGGUGAGACGGCGACUUGGCGCAUGGCCAUUCAAACGGACAUGACGUACGAGACGGUGGGCAGCAUCGGCGUGUCGGUGCUCGUAGUAACCUUUUCCCCUACCAGCGAGACCAACGACAACCGCCUCGAUACCAUUGUUGGCCCGCCGGAGCGUGUGCAGAGCUUUACGUACAAUGAUCGACUCGAGUUUGACCUCCCGGUCUUCAACGGCCAGUCGGUGGGCUUUGUCUCCACCGGCUUCAGCCCUCAUGUGAGCUUUAUCAACGACCUGGCUUCAUCGGCCUGUACCAACGAUCAUGCGCCCGUCUUUGAAAACGCUACCUACGAAGUCGCGGUAUACGAGAACCUGACCGUGGGCAGCAUUGUACUGCGCGUGGCCGCCACAGAUCAGGACGUGGGCCGCAGUGCGCAGCUCACUUACUCGAUCGUAGCCCGGAACGACGACCCUGUCAACUUUGUUAUUGAUAGCUCGACCGGCGAUAUUCGCACCACCUUGCCCCUCGACCGCGAGACCGUGGCGCAGUUCCAACUGGUCAUUCAGGCCCGUGAUGGCACCUUCCCUUAUCGAACUAACACAACCACUGUGACGGUAACGGUAGCAGACCUCAACGAUAACCACCCUGUCUUUGUGGCAUCCCCCACGCCAGGAGCUCGUUUCACGCCCGCUGGGGGUUUGCUGGCCGAGUACGAGGUGGACGUGCGCGUAGGCUCAGCAGAAAAUACGGUUAUACUGCAGCUCAACGCCACUGAUGCCGAUUCGGCCCCGUUUGCCACCAUCAGCUAUGAACUGCGAGGCUCUUCCGCCUCCAAUGGCGAGUAUGUUUUGAAUGCAGCCACGGGUGAACUUACCGUGGCGGCGCUCAUUCUGCGUGAGAGCGGAAGCACGGUCGUCUUCCAGGUCAGCGCGGUCGAUUCAAUGGGCCUCGCAACCGAUGCCAACGUCAUUCUGAACUUGAUCUAUGAAGUGGACCUGCUGUACUACACGAAUGAAUACGAAGGCCGUGAGGGCAGCGUCACGGCGCACCUGGGCCCCGCGGCCAUCACGCAGUCUUAUUCCACCGUUGCGUCUGCCAACUCGCGCUUAAGUGCCCGCCUGAUUACUACAGACGUUUACCCAGACGCUACAGCACUCAAGGUGCUCUUGCACGUUCAAAAUGAUGUCUUUGGUGCCCCUGCGUCUUCCGUGUCGGUGCGCGUGCAGGUGACGCCUGGACCAGAUUUACUCUUUGACCUGGGCGGUGCCUCGCCCACCGACUUUCUCCGAGAGGGUACAUGCCUGGCCGGCGUGGCUACCAACCGGUUCUCGCGCUACGGUGUUUGUGUGGCCACUGUCUCCGUUCCAACGGCGUGGUUCGCGCAAGCAAGCGCCAUCCGUCAUUUGCGCGUGAGCUACAACUUUGUUGACGAGCGUCUCACGCCCGCAACUCUGGGUAACGUGCAGCUUCACCCCGAGGUCACCUGGAGUCUCUCAGACAACGUGCUCGUGGUUAUGCCCCUGCACCCUGUUUUCAUUGGGGAAGAGGCGACGGCCACGGUGUAUGCCAAGUCGAAUUUUCCCAUUACCAACUACGAAUUGCGUUUUGAAUCAUCCGCUUAUCUGCCCAUCGUGGGCAUCGAUUUUCCCUCGGAUGCUUGGUCGGGACCCGUCUCGGCUUCAUCUGAUUACCGGUAUACGGUCAAUGCCAUCCGCGAGCUAGAUGAUGUGGCCGAUGCCGAGACGACCGAGCCGGAGGUCAUUGCCUACGUGCGGAUGCGCGUCGCAGACGCCGCUUUAGCCAACUCAUCCCUAACAUUGGCCUGUGUCAUCUCGGCACUGGGUUCCAGCAAAGAGUCCUCCAUCCGUCCGGGCGGCCAAGCGACCCCCGUCGAGGCCACCUUUGUGGACAUGGCCACCAUCAGCGGCGUGGAUCGCACCACCACAGGCCUUGUACGCCCAGCCGCGCUUCAGGUACAGGCAUUUGUUGCCCAAGCUGCUGCGACUGAACUCGUAAACACGGCUAUUUUAAGCGGCCGCCCAGUCACGUCCGGCGUGACCCUGGUUAGCGCGCUGGCCAACGGUACACUAGUCUUGCAAGACCCUACAGCCGCUGCUGUGUCUUGCGUAGCCGGCAACACGACUGUGCUCAACGUGCGCGAGGACUGCAGCGAGCUGCUCCUCUCGGGUGCUGAGUCGCAUGGCCAAGCGGAGGCUUCGGUUAUCUUUGCCCUUGCGCGCAAUGAUUCCGCCGUGCUUCUUGCGGAGGCUCAUGCCCGAGUGUGGGCGCCGACCCUUCCUGUUGAGCUUGAAGUUGACGACACCACGCUACGACGUGUGGCAAACUGGUCUUGGUUUGACACCGAUGCCAGCAUCUGCCGACCAAAGUAUCAAAACACACGCCUGCGGGCUUUUGCCACGUUUUCGUACGGCGCUCAGGCCUACCGGGCACGCGUGUCGUCCCUUGUGGUGCUCGGCGCAUCCUCAAGCAACACGAGUGUGGCGCGCGUCGAGAGCGACGGGCAGGUGAGCGCUUGGAGACCUGGCAACAUCACAAUUGCCAUCGACCACGCGCAGCGUCAAGGUCGAGACCUGGGCUCGGUGACACUGACUGUGCUGGAAGAAGAUGCCAGCAGUGCACUCGGCUUGCUAGUUUCCCGUCUGGAGCUGCACGCGUUCACCAAUCUGACCGCUGCCCCCUUGGCCAGCCCGCUCGUAGACCUGGAUUCGAGCUCGGUCGUCUUUGUUCAUCAAGUUUUUGACGUCGAGGACCGCGUUGGGGCCGUAGCUGCCUAUGCCGUCUUUGAAGAUGGCGCGCGCAUGGAACUCAGUCCCGAGCAGGGUCUGCGCCUGAAUUCGCUGGAUCCCGCCGUUUUAGCCGUGUCCGCCACGGGUGUCUCAUCCUACGACCACGCCCAUGUGGUCGCCAAGGGUGCUGGGUCAGGCCCGCUGCUCCAGGGCACGUGGCUGGCUGAAUGUGCGAAUGACAGCAUGGCCGAGCUUGCCACGGGCCAAGCGCAAGUGCUCGUGACCAUUCCCAAGCCCUACGCGGUCGAAGUUACUGUGACUGCUCAUGAGUUGACUCGACUCACGGACCCAGCGGCCUUGGCGGGCGUACCAACCGAGACUGCCGUGCGCGUGGUGCUGCUGUCUCUUGCUGCGGAUGGAACAACCGUGCGUCGGGACAUGACGACUGACGACCGCACCAUCUUCAACUCAACCCUGGCCAAUGGCCUGUUUUCAGCUUGUGCUGACAACGACGUUGUGUGCGGUGCAUCAAGCACAGCCCUGGGCUCCUCUGGCCCCGUUGUUCGUUCUGUCAGCGACGCAACAGGCAAUGGUGCAGCGUGGCUGCAGGUGCACUUUACGCAUGUGGACGUGGUUGGCAAUGUGUCGUUGACCCUGGUUACUGCCAGGGAAACGCGUGUGGAGGCUCACCCAUACCCUGCGUACACCGGCAGCAGUGCGUACGACGUGUCUGUCCUGCGACGUUAUGCCAAUCCUAACACCGCAGCUACAGCCGUGCGUCAACGGGCCGUUUUAUCCGUCGUGGUGGAGCUAUCAACAGGCGAGGAGUUGGACGUCACCUCGUUGCCCUCAACCACACUCCGCUUGACAACCAUUGAGAAUGAGACGGUGCCAUCAACGCUGGUGAUCCUGGACCUGAAUUUGCGCGUAGUAUCCGUUGCUGCUGCUGCAGAGACAGUGCUGCUAACCUCGGACAUUUACGUGGUAGCUCGCGCGACCUUGGGCAACUUUACCGCCCUCCCCGUGGCUCUGCGAGCCACAGACGAACCCGAUGAGCGGGCCGCCGUGGUAGGCUUUGAAAACAUUCGGGUAGCCAACGCCCCUGUCGUGAACGGUGCGUUCGUUUUGCAGGUCGUGUCUGGUUCUUACGGCCAGGUGGCCUGCGGUGCGCACUUUAGCGACGGCACACAGCAUCCAAAUCUGGUGGCGGCAGACGGAACCUUUCUCCUGCCGGGUGCGCUCAGCUUUGGCAGCUCUCAAAGCAGCGUGAUCACGACAACCAGCACGGGUCGCCUCAUUCUCUCGGAGAACUAUGAGCUCCCCAUCACCAUCACCUUGGGCUUGCGCAACGCCAUCGUGUUUGCGAGUGUUUCUGUCAUUGCCAACCCUCUGCCCGCGGUAGGAGACGUUGAUCUGGGCCGCCAAGGUAACUUUCCUUUAGCCGAUGUCCUGGUAGGCGAGAGCUUUGACGUCCCGGUUUACAUCAACACGGGCACCUUGCCCUUGGGCGCCAUUGAUCUGCAGAUUGUGUACAGCAGUGCUCACCUGGAGAUUCCUACCACCUCGGCCGGUGUGGCUGUGCGUCGUGGUCGUGACUGGCCUGGUGGCAGCGUGUACGCGGUGGUCGAUCCUCCCGGAACGCUGAGCUUUGGCGGUGUCACGGCCGUUGAUUCAACGGCCAAGGGUGAACUGCUUGAGAUUGCCGUCGUCACCUUCCGAGCCCUGACUGCGACCGCAGGCUCAAUCCCCAUCCAGGGGCACGUCGUGACCAUGGCCUCCAAUGACUUGCAAGGCACUUUUAUCGGCUCGGCGGAAGAGCGAGACUUUGUUGCUGGAUGGAACGUGUUUGUUCGCGUCGCGGCAACAGGCAACAGCCGACGUCGCCGUGCCGAAAAUACAGUCGCUCGCUCCAGCCCAACUGAAGCGGCUUUAAGCAUGGAUCUGCCCUUGCCAUCGGCUUUGACGCCCCGUGCACGCCGCAGCGCGAAUUCUUGUACCACUGCACCUUGUGCUGCCUGCCCGCUGACGCGCGAGAACGGGGACACAAACGGAGAUUGCGUCUUUGAUAUUCGUGAUGUUGGCUAUCUGCAAACCUACUUGGCCGAGCGUCAACUGGACUUUGCUCGCGCCCAAGGCCAAAUUCUCAACGCAAGCUUGAUCCCUGUCCAGCUGUCCAACAUGGAUGCCAACUUGGACUCGGUCAUCACGGUGGCAGAUGCUGAGUUCUUGGCGCGCGUCAACUUUGGCAUGCUGCGCUUCCCGGCCGAGCUGACGAUCGUCCCAGUGCAAGACAAGACCUCGGGCGGCUACAUCAAUGUCAACGUCACAGUGCGGGGCAAGGGUGACACGCAGACUCGCAGCGACAAGACCAUGAUUUUUGUUGACUUCGCCUACGAUAACCCCAGCGUGCAGCCGCUUUUUGAGAGCACCCAGCUGUACAAAGGAACGCGUCGCACCGAGGGUGACAAGCCCGUCAGCAUGGCGGGCUUUGUCGUACAGGCCGAACGCGAGGGGCCUUUGUACAACAACUUUGAAGACACGACGCCUCCCAACCGAUGCUAUCAGCAGGCAGCCAGUGGCAACACAUGCUCAAGCGGCGUGCGCGGCCCCCGGUUCUACUUCAAUUCGGGCACCGAGACCUGCGAAUCGUUUGAGUACUUUGGUUGCGGUGGCAACACCAACAACUUUGCCACUCUGCAGGCCUGUGUGGACAUGUGUGUGCCCUCGUUCAGGCAUUCGGUCAUGCUCAACACUUCGCUCAAGCUUGACAAUAUCGGUGUUUCAUUGGUGAUGGUGACCUUCAGCUCGGAGGGUCAGGUCAACGUCGGCCGAGACGUCUUUUUGACCGGCGUGGUCAGUGGUGACGUUCCUUACGCGACAUUAAUCGACUACCAACUCAGCCUGCAGGCCUUUGCGGGCGCCCCGCUGCAGACAGUCCAGGUGCUUGCUUCAUCCGGUUAUGCGCCCCUGUUGACCUUUAAUAACACGAUGACCACGGCCGAGGCAGUCAACGAUCACGCGCCAGUAUUCAGUGGGACGUUACAAACGCGAAUUCGCGAGGAUCAUGACAAUAGCACCGUAUUGUACCAGCUCAACGCCACGGAUAAUGAUGAAGGCCAAACUGGCCUGAUUACCUACAGGCUGGAGAGCAGCUCCGUGAUAGUGGAGGGAGAAGAUUUUGUGGUGCCCCCCUUCCGUCUGAAUGGCCGCACGGGUGCGGUCACCCUCAUGCAGGCCAUUGAUUACGAGGUCAGCAAGCAGCACAAUGUGACGGUGGCCGCCACGGAUAAUUCACCACCGCGGCCCCGUACCACGCUGGCCACACUGGCAGUCGCCGUGACAGAUGUCAACGACAAUGCACCCAUUUUUGCACAAUCAUACGCCGACAUCCGCAUUUCGGUCGAUACACCGGUCAACACGGCUCUGACGCGUCUGUCAGCCACAGAUGCAGACUCCAACACAGUAGAGGGCGGCCCAAAUGCGCGCAUCACCUACCACAUUGUCGGUGAUGACGCCUUUGCGAUCAGUGAUACCGGGCUGAUCACAACCGCUUCCGAACAAAGCCGUGCUCUGCGCUCCACUGUUCGGUUCAUUGUCAACGCGACGGACGGAGGAACACCCACGCUCUGGAGCACGGCUGAGGUUGUCGUGGCCGUCAUCAACGACGACUACCUGGUUACCCUCACCACAGCCCCUGACUAUGACACCUUCAACAGCCUCUACGAUAACGCCACCGGCAUUCACCCUUGCCUGGAAGUGCUCGCCCAGACCCUCAACGGCGAGCUUCGUGACAUUGAGGUGUCACGAAACCCCAGCUCGCCCACAGAGUUGACGGAUAUUACAUUUUACGUGCUCACGUCGGGUGGCGAGGUGCGCAGCGCCAGCGAGGUGGAAGAUGACCUCCGCAGCAUCACCGACUUUCAGCAGUGCACGCUGCGUGCGCUGGGCGGCGAUACCGACAAUGCAUUCCAGGUAUCGCUGGUUCACUUUGACGACAGCGGCUGCCGUGAUCCGUUGACCGACUUGAGCAAUUUGACUAGAGUGUUCCAUGGCGAGUGCCUCAAUGACGAGGCUGCUGGUCGCUCGUCCCGCGUGACGGUUCUCUCGAAUGGCCUUAUGGAUGUAGACAUUUACGAAACCCCCAACUGCAAUGGCGUAGCCCAGCAGUUUUUCAGUAUCACGAACAAUACGUGCGUGACUGUCCCCUCCUUGGACCCGGAUCGUUCUGCCCCUUACUCGUUCACGGCCACCUAUGAGCUCUUUGAGGAUUCGGAGGAGACGGCCAGUACGAGCAGGGCGGCCAUCCCCGCAGGCUUUAUUGCAGCCGUAGCUUCGGCUUCGUUGGUCGCCUUGAUCAUCUUACUCGUGUUGUUGAUCCGCUUCCAGCGUCAGCGACGUCAGAUCAUUAACGCGCGCAAGAUGGUUCUGGCUCAUCACGGUGACGUGACGUUUGGCACGCCCGAACCUAUGCGCAAAGAGCACGACCAGCAGACUGUGUUUGCGGGUGGCGAGGUUGACCCGUUGACGGGUGAGGUGGUACAAUACAAAGAAACGACCAAUGUCGUGGACGAGGAUCGAACGGGUGGCCCCAUGCCGUCCAUGUUUGGUGGUCUGCGCUCCAACCCGCUGUUUGGCAACCGAACCGCCUUUUCGGGCUUGGGUAUGGAAGGUGAAGAGGAGGUGGUUGCUUCCGACUCGGACGAGUCGGACGAUUUAUCUGACCUGUCCGCCGGGGCCAUGGACGAGAUUAUGGACGAUCUGAGUGAUUUUGAGAUGUUUGAACAGGAUUAUCUUGAGGCCACCGCUGCUACCGAAGGUGCCCCUGCGCACGCUGGUGGACAAUUCAAGAACCCGCCCUUCCUUAGUGGUGGUGGUGGUGGUGCGUUUGACUUGGAUGAUCUUUCGGACUUUGAGGACGUGACUGAGGAUGGACCAGCAGAGCCUUACCUGCGUGUGGAGGCUUCAGACGACUCUGACUUUUCAACCGAUGAUGAGGAGGGCGGUGCCUUUGGGGCCAUGGACGAUCUCCUCAACAUGGCACCACUCCGCAGUAUUCUCAAGUCUCCUGGUGCUGAUAGCACCAAUUCUGGCCCGCGCAAGGUAUCGUUCGGCGAAGAUGACAGUGAUGCCGACGAUGACGAUGAUGAGCGUCAUGAUGAAAUGGGCCAAGCUACGCUUUAUCGUCAACGCCCGGGGCGCAAUCAGCGUCGCCAAAUCGACAGCGUAGAUAUUGAAGCAGAGCUGGUCAUCCCACAAGUGCAAUACGAGGACGUCGUCGCCAAUCUGCAACCCAUGUCCCAAGGUCAGGGGGGCGGACCUGCAAGUACCCACGGUGGUGCGGAUCCGCAGGAUAGUGACUCGGACUUUAGCACUGGCCCAGCCAUUGCGGACCGUGACAGUGUUAGCGAAUCAGACUCGGACGAUUCCGACUCGGACUCGAUGGACUAUGGCUCGGGUUUUGAGGAUGAGGACGAUGAUGUGGGCACUUCUCAAUUUGCCGCAGUCCGCGGCAUGUGGAACUCUUCCCAUCUUCGCAAUUAG